AUGAAUAAAUUUCCGUUAAUUUUCUCUCUCCUCACCCUCAACCUCCUCUUCUCACAACACCUUUUAGCAUCUAAUGAACUCUGUUCUCCCUUCUCUUGCAACCAACACAGAUAUGAUCCGAUCCAAUUCCCAUUUUGGGUACCCAAAAACCAAACCUCUAGGUGCGGGUACCCCGGGUUCGACGUCUCUUGUAACUCAUACGGUCAAACACUCAUUCCUCUCAACUCCGGCCACGGUCACCUGAUUAUUGAGGGUAUGUCAUACCCAGACCAACUACUCUGGGUAUCCGACCCGAAAAAAUGCAUCCCUAAACGGGUCCUUGACUUCACCCAUACGUGGCCUGCCCUUUUAAGGUUCGGACCUCUGGAAUCAACUUACACUUACCUUAAUUGCUCAGGAACGAAGCUAGACCCGAGCGUGCUUCCCAUGGGUACUUCAGUAAUUUCGUGUAUGAGUGGCAGCAAUCAUACAGUAGUGGCCGCGUUCGAUCAUGAGGCGGAGACGAAGAUGUUGGAGAGAGGAGGGGAAAGGAAGUGUGAGGUGAUCGAGAGAGUAAACGCUGCGUUUUGGUGGCCGGAGAUGCGGUACGGGUAUGAGUACAGACACGGGGAUGAGUACCGGCACGGGUAUUACCCGAUUGAUGAUUUGAGUAAUGUGUUUGUGCAAUUGGGUUGGGAUAUUCCGAGUUGCGGGGAUUGUAUACUUCGUGGCGGGUCUUGUGGGUUGGUGGGUGAUUCGGGCAUUGAAGUUGCUUGCUAUAUUCCUGCGUCAUCUUCUUCCGAACGAAUGGAACGACGCUGGAAAUGAGCAUGCUUCCUGGGGAUACUUCAAUAGUUUCGUGUAUGAGUGGCGGGAAUUACACGGUGGUGGCGGCGUUCGAUAGCACCGCCGAGGAGAAGAUGUUGGAGAGAGGAAGGGAG